GAUGAUGCCACAACAAUACUGCUUGCGGUGGAAGCACCACCACUCCAAUGUGCAGAACAUGUUCGCUCAGCUGUUAGCUAAAGAGCGAUUCUGCGACGUGACGCUGUACUGCUCGCCGAGCUUCGCCACACAGGUCGACAGCAGCAAGGACUUGGUCGACCCGGACAGCAUACGCGGGGUCUCACUACGAGCACACAGAGUCGUCCUAGCAGCAUGCUCAGAGCUUCUCGGCGCGUUGCUAGGCGCCCACGAGGCGCAGGGCGAGCCCGUGCUCGUCAUAGACGGCGCGGAACCCAAACAUCUCAAGGCACUCCUCGACUAUAUGUACACUGGAGAGAUGAACGUACAUCAUUCGCAGCUAGCGAGCCUGCUGAAGACAGCAGAGGAGCUCCGGAUCAAGGGGCUCACGGAUAUCCGGUGGAACAACAAAGACGAACCUCCCGAUACAGAUUCCCUAACAACAACGACGACAGCCACCGCCGAACCAAAAAAGCCACAGGACAACGCGAAACUCGACCCCAAACCCGAGACAAAGAGGCCCAAACCCGAGCCGCAGGCGAAGCGGCCCGAGAGCAGCGCCACGCCCGAGGAGAAGGGAGAUAGCGACGUGGAGGUGAAGCUUGAGAAGUUUAGCGUCAAUGGUGGUCCGCCGCCGCUGAUCAAACUGCCGACCAAAGAAAAGAUGAGCCCACCGAAGCGGGAACUCUCUGACACAGAAAGCCCCAGUCCGAAGCGGCAAAGAAUGACAAGCAUAAAUGAAAACUCGGAAGAUGACGAACGGGAUCAAGAACACUGGCGACACGGAAACUUGGACAUAACAGCAGAGCGCGUGGUCGGGUGGGGCGACGGCGACGCGGCCGCGUUCUGGGAGCGCGACGCGUCCGACGACGAGUGGGGCGACGCGCCCACCGACAUUGGCUCCUUCCUGCACACGAGGCUAAGGGUCGACGGAGACAACAGCGCAGAUGAGGAGUCAAACGAGGGUGCGCCAGCAUCCACGUCAUCAUCAGCGGGCGCCUCCGCCACAGUUCACGUAAAACAGUCAGACGUCGGGCCUAAAUCGGGUACCGCCGAUCCUCGUUUCACGGACGUCGUCAAACUGAACGACUACUUGCGUCACGGACGACGUCCGCAGUUCUGGGAAGAGAAUUACGUCAAACGGGUAAUGGAGGCAGUCCGAGUGAAAGAAUUGGAGAUGAAGCAAGCGGCGGAGAUAUUGGGCGUCAGCUACGGAACCCUCUACGGACGAUAUCGUGAUGUCUAUGGAUGCAUAAAUCGACCUUAUCGAACCGCUCGCGAUUUCUGGCAAGCCAAAGGCCCCUCGGAGGUCCUGGAGCGCCUCCAGCGCGGCGAGCUGUCCCUAGACGCGGGCGCCACGGCCCUCGGGGUCUCCACCUCCAACCUGGCCGCCUACAUGGCCGACCUCAACCCGGUCGAGCGAGAAUUCGAGCCAAUCCCGAUCGAGAUAGACCCGUCGCUGACACUAAAGUCGUACACGAAUCUAGUGAAGACUAUGAGGAAAAGCGUCAACCCCACCACGCCGCCCGACAAGCCGAAGAAAAUCCUCAUAAAUAGUAUAACGGAUGAAGACCCGAUCCCGGCGACGGUGAUCACCACCAGUGACGGUAAAAAGUCUGCCACCGCCACCGCAACCGCUACCACGCCGCCCGCGGGCAGCAAGUGGCCCUCCAUCCGCGUGGCGUCGCUCGAGGCUCUCCGCGGCGACGCCCCCGCCCCCUCCCCGUCGCCCUCGCCCUCGCCCUCGCCCAGCCUCCUCAUGCGGACCAGGCCCGACCUCACCAUAGUAGCCGCCAAGAAGCCCGACAAGAGGGACGAGACGUGAUCGCCCACCUAGUGCACGGUUGCCACGAGCCAUCCCUCGUCUAGCGACCAAAACCUCUGGCUAUUGCAGUUUGUAGUCUACCCUUAGUUAUAAUCUUCACACUAACAUACUCGUAGCAGACACGAGAGUUGAGGUCAACGAUUACACAUAACCACAGCCGCCAUCAGAUAUAUCUGAGCGGCCAAGGUGUUCACAAAUAGGACGCCAUUUACGGAAAAGGAAGCAAAUCCACAAAAAACUGUCAUUAGAAUUUGAACUUUCUGUCAAAACGAAAAGUCAUUGAUUUAAAUAGCAAAAUUUAGAGGAUGUAUCCUUUUUAAAAUGUUCAGAUAUUUUUGAGCACCUUGGCCGCUCCGAUAUAUUGGAUGGCACAUGUACAUAAGGCCCCUAUACAGAUGUAGUGCAUAUUUGUUUUCCAUCGUAUUUUCUGGGAAACGUUCGUAUUUGUCAUGCUACUUCAGUCAACCUCAGUACUUUUCGUACCAAGACUGACUGAAAUAGCAAGACACUUUCGUACGUUUCCGUAAAAAUACAAUGGAAAAUAAUUAUGCACGAUAUCUGUAUUACUUCAAUGUGUAUAUUUUAAACUAUUUUCGAUUGAAACAGAGUAGCAUUUCUUUUGUUUAGUUCGAUUUUAAAACAAAAGUAAUUCAACCAUAUUUCAUACACUAUUGAUUUCAAAUCAACUGCCGUAGAGAUAGAGAUGCACCGGAUAUUCGGUUAUUAUCCGGUAUCCGGCCCUUAUUUUAAUAUCCGGACUGAUACCGGAUAGCAUAGUAACUUUGCUUGAUUUUGGGGUAAACAAUAGUACAUAAUUUCCAAAAAGGAGUGAGUGUCAUUUAUAUGGUCGAUAUUUAUGAUGCGUUCCCACUAGGGUGCGUAGCGAGGGAUGUGUUUGUUACGAACCAAUAGAAUGACUUCAUUUGUUUUUCUCGCUCAGUGUGUGAUUCUAUUGGUUCUUAAAAAACACAUCCCUCGCACAUCUCUGGUGGAAACGCAGCCUUAAGCUAACCUUAAAGAAACAUUUCGGUCAAUCUUGAAGCGGGCUGUUGUAUUUGCUAUUAAUAAAUAACACUAACUUCAAAAUCCCGAUUACAUGUGUGUGUGUGUGUGUGUGUGUGUGUGUGUGUGACCUCAACUCUGGUGCCGUUAACUAUACAUACCUAAACAAAAUGCCCUUAGAGACCAAAUUAAAUAUAUAUAUUUAUUUAUUAGUUUCUCAAACUCUAUAACAUGCAUUAUUAAACUAAAACUGGAUUAUUGCGUUCACUUACUUUCAUUAUUUGUGGCUUUGACAACAAUGUGAUGUGGCGACAACGCCAUAAGGACACUGACACGUUAUUUGUAUAAUCAAAUUUCGUCCUUAUGGUAAGCGACAAUGUGGUACCUUUUGCUUGAGAAUGUCACAAAUAAUGAAUGACGAUUGUGAAAGUUCAAAUCAAUAAGAUAUAACAAUCUGUAAGCAUAGAUAAAUGUAAGUAAAGAAAGAGUGGUAACUACAUACAUCAGUUUUCGUUUUUUAUUUCGUAGUCUACAUCUAGCGUCAAGUAGUGGAACUAUCAGUACUGCUACUCGACAAUAGAUGUCGCGGCAGACAAAAAGUCUAAUGCUCAACGAUUUUCAGCUAAUAUUAACCACAGUAACAGGAACUUGAUUUUCAAAUCCUUCUGCUUUUAAUAUUAGUUGUAAAUUGUUGAGCAUUACACUUUUCAUCAGUCGCGACACAUUCGAAAUCUAUUGUCGAGUAGCAGUACUGAUAGUUCCGCUACUUGUCGUUAGAUGUCGACUACGAAAUAAAGCGCGUUUUGGUAAGAAAACUGAUGUAUGGCAAAAAGGAUAUAAUAAGAUAGAGCGGUACUGUCAUAGUAAAUUUUGUAACCGCUGUAAAUUCACUGCCAUCUAUCGACAUACUUUAAAACUAAAAAUGAAGAUUUAUAAAAAUACGUUAAAAUGUAUUUAAAUAUGGAUAAAUGAUUUUUUUAUUUGCAUUAAUUUUUGUUUGUAUGAUUUUGACCCAUGUUCUUUCACUGUUAUGCGUUAAAAUUAUAAAUAACAAACGAAACCUUCAACGCCCUCUAUACGAGAGUAUGCCAAAACUAGUGGCGCCAUCUGAUCGAGAAUCAAAUUUUCGUGAUUUACGAGGCACGUUUUUUUCUUAGACUGUAUCCAUCUAUUACGGAGUUUAUAUCUAUCUUUGUGUAUGGAGUAACCACUCUUUCUUUACUAAUAUUUCUCUAUGCUGCAAGCAACUUUGACACGAUUACAUUACUUAUACAUAUAUUUGUUAUAAAAUUAUAACUAUUUUGCCUAGUUUCAUGGUUUCUAUUUAUUUUAAAUUGUGGCAAUAGUACGAUACUCCGGAUUUUGAUAGAAAAAACAACAAACACAUACAGAGCGUACAUAAGUAAAAAGUAGACCUUUUUGUUAAACCUCGUAAGGCCCAAUGUGCAUUACAAUGUACACUCUAUUUCAAUCUAAUUUGAACCUUACACUAACUGAAUUAAGUAGCAUUUCUUUUGUUUCUUUGUUUUCUAAAACAAACUAAAGUCACCCUAAUCUUCUAUACAACAAGGUUCAAAUUAAAAAUAUGGAAACUUUGUAUGGUGGGCCUUACGAGGUUGAACUACUAAGUAUGUACAUUCUAAUGAUACAUAUUUGUGGCUUUCCACUACAGAAGGGUCCUUGUGUUUCAAGUGUAACAAGGUCCUUUAUCUGAAAUUCCGAUAGAAAUUCCAAUAAAAAGGUCCUUAUUGCACAUGAAUCGUAAGGACCCUUCUCUGCUGGAAAGCCACAUUUAAUAAAAUGAACUUUUGCGUGUUCACAAUGACUAGACAAGCUUUCAGGCAGUAUAUGCAAUUUUCAUCCAAAAGAGUACUUAUUGUCGGUUGUCAAUAAGGCGCUAUGUCCAUAUAGCUUCAAUUUGAAAUCAACUUUAUCGACAAGCGACAAUGUGGUACCUUUUGGUUGAAAAUGUCACAUAUGUUAGAUACUUCUAAUUUGGAU